GACAAUCUUACCUCCCGACGUUCCUAAACAGGAAGUUCCGAAGUUACAGGAGUCAUAUGAUUCAUCUGGCGAUAGACUUGGGCACGCCUGUGGUCCACCAGAGAGCUGUGAUUUUCAAACCGAAACCCCCCCAAAGCUCAGGGUAAAGACGCCAAACAGGAACUAUGGCUUCAUAAACUACAAAAAGGUUUAACCAUAACUCUAUGCUGUGUGUACAUGUGGAGGGUAGCUGCGAUAAAAAAGACGGUCAUGUAGCGUUUUUAUAAAAGUACUGUGGAAUGUUCUCAACAUCUGUCUGUACAUUCUGUAACAAUUUGGCAUUGCUACAACAGUUUGGCAUUGCUGCAACGUUGUUGCAAAGCCACGUAAUUUUUAUCUCAACGCAAGGAUUUGUAGAUGUAUUCAAAGGCAAGAUAGUACGAGUUCGACGAAGAUGAACAUGGUGGCUACGGAGGAGUUGGAGGAGCGACUCAAAAAGUUACUCGUGCGGCUAAGCAAUCUACAGGAGGGAAAACAAUUAGGUACGAUGGUUCAGAUCAUGGAGGAUCUACUCUCUCUGGCGAACACGGAUGGUUGUGCUGAACUCUUUGAAGACAAAGAGGCACACAUGCCACUGCUGAUUGCGCUGUCAUCUUACACCAGCAGUAAGGGAGUACAGCAGGUAGGCUGGUCACUGCUGUGCAGACUGGUAGAAAUAUGUCCCAAAACCUUGGAGAAGUUGGCCAGCCCUUUGGUUUCAUUAAAAGAGUGGGAUGUUUUGGGAGUUCACCAGCAGAUCCUUAAGGUGCUAGCAAUGCAUAUGACAGAGUGUGGGGUCGUUACGGUAACUUUGCAGGCCCUUGCACAUCUCCUCAGAUCACCUGACAUAAUGCUGCAGAUUCUGGAGGAGGAUGUGGAUGUGUUUGACCUGAUCGUGGAAGGAAUGAAGUCUUUCCCAGGCAGUGAAGAGGUGCAAUCGCAGGGCUGUCUGGCAUUGCAAGUGCUUCUGGAGAGAGUAUCAGAUGAGCACCUGGUGGACUUUGUGGACAGGCAGGAUCACAGUGUGGUCUUGAGAGCGGCUCAGACGUUCCCGGACAACGAGGACCUGCUCCUGAACGCUUUAAGAGUGCUGCUGCCACUGGCUGGCCCAUCCAGCAAUGUGGAGAUCCUCAUGUCCAAAAAGGAGAGAUGCUACUCCCUCAUCAGUCACACCAUGCUCUCAUUUCCAUGCUCAGAAGCCUUGCAGGAGGUCGGAUGCUGCCUGCUUCAGAAGUUCACCUCAGAGAGUUACUACAACAUACUGGUGCUGAAUGGAGUCCACGGAGUCGCAGUGAAAGCGUGCCUCGCUUACCCAGAAAAUGCCACCUUACAAGCAUCAGCCCUAACCUGUCUGGCUUCCCUUAGUGAGUGCCCCUCCAGAAUUCAGUUGCAGUACAUCUGUUGGCCACUAAAUAAAUCAAUAAAUCCCAUUCUGAUUCUGAUUCUGAUUCUGCUUUCUCCAGCUAAAACUAUUGUGCUGAACAAAGCGCUGGAGAAUGAGAGGAGUGAGGAUGAGGAGGAGCCCGCGGGGGAGAGGAGUCAGGUGAAGGGGGUAGAAGAAGGAGGCCUGUGCUGGAUGGAGGCGAGCUGCACAGCUCUGGAGCUUCACACGGCUGACGCUGCUGUACAGGAGGCUGCCUGCUUGGCACUGAACAACCUGUUGUUGCAUGGUGGUGGACAGUGGAACCAUGUAUGUGAGGAGCAGGAGGGAAGGAGUCCACUCCACAGGAAGAUCAUGGCUGCGAUGCUCCUCCAUUCUACUUAUGUUGGAGUGUUCCAGGCUGCUGCUGCCGCCCUCUGCACCCUCGUCCAGUGGAAUGGUAAAACCAGAGGGCAGCUGCUGUCCCACGGCAUCCACUUCAACACUGUGGAGAUCAUGAAGAGGCACAUGAAGUCCUCUCGAGUCUCCAGCAGUGGCUGCAGGCUGCUUCACCAGUUGUUCCGGGGAUGGAGGGCAAGUUUAGACGAGACUUCCAUGGCUAUGGAACAGAUCCUGAAGGCUAUGGUGAACCAUAACUUUCACCCACAAGUUCAGUUAGACGGUCUACAAGCCAGCCUCACCUUCCUCAGCCCGGACAGGAGUUUGCAGGAGCAUGGCAUGUCUGUAGCGGAUCCAGACACAGAGGAUGUGUCCCUGAGGGUGCUGAAGAACCAGUGUGUGCUGGAGGGAGCGCACGCAGUCUACCUGGAGGCUCUCAACAGGUUCAUCAGCAACAAAGACAUUCAGGAGUACGGCCUCCGGGUCCUCUUUGAGCUGGCCGACUGCUCUGGAGCGGUUGACCUCCUGUGCCAACAGGGAGCCAUAGAUACCGUACUGCAUACACUACAGAUGUUUCCAAGGAAACGUGAAAUCCACUAUUGGGGGUUAAGCCUCCUGUUCUACCUCAUCAGCAAAAAGAAGCUUUCUCGCACGAUUGUCCCCGUCCUGGCCUCUGUGAUCGUGCAGUCUGUGCGGCAGUACAGUGAAGAUGUAGAGAUGCGUAUGAAAGGUUUCCAAGUAGCAUGGAAGCUGAUGGAAACCUGCUCCGCUGCAGCCGCUGCUCUCGAGAGUGAAAACUUCGCCAAGGAGAUCUUUGAGCAGCUGAGGCAGCACUCCUCAGAACAACGCAACGAUUCGCUGCACAAGUUGAGCUGCCAGUGCCUGUCCAAGAUGGCGGCUGAUGGGGAGAUCCGGUACACUAUGCUGGAGAAGGCCUGUGAGGCUGGGGAUCUGCUUAUGGCCGAGUGUCUCGUAAAGCUGGGAGCCGACAUCAACAAGAAGACUAAAACAGAGUCCCUCAUAUACCAGGUGUGUGAGAGGGGCGGGCCGCUGGCUCUUGUGGAGCUGCUGUUGAGUGCGGGCGUUCACGAGCAGCACCUGCGGGGAGCUCUGGGCGCGUGUGUGAGGCGUGGGAACGGCCCCGUGGUCAUCCUGCUGCUGGGUCGCCUGGGCCUGGACCUCAACAACAGCGCCCUCUGCCUGGGGGGUUUCAGACUGGGCCGCCUGGAGGCAGCCUGGCUCAGCCCACUCCUGUCCGGGCGCAGAGUGCCUCCCAGUGGCCACAGGAGGAACUGUAAAGGCCAAAGCUUGGCCCGUCAGAUCCAGGCAUACCAAAGGAGGAGAGAGACCAUGGCGUCACCAGUGUUGUUGAAUGACGUCAAUGCUGGGUACUUCUCUGGGGAAGAGAGUGAUGACUCCAGCCACCUCUCCUUUGAAGACAGCCUCGUGUUUGCCUUCGAGGACAUAGAGAGUGACGGCAGUGAAGGAGGCCACAGUAUGCUCAGAGGAGCCCAGAGUAUGUCCUUCUGUGAUUCCCCGGAGGGUCAGAGGGCCAAGUCAGCAUCGAGGCAGAAUGGACGACGCAGGCACAGCAGCUCUGAGGGAGGCCAAGCAGAGUCGGACUCGCACAAGUCUCUUCACAAAAAGUUUAACAGAAACAUGCAGAACCACAGAGUACUGAGCUCUGCCGAGAGCCCUUCUCCCUCCCUGUCGGGCGGGGACAGAGAGGGCAUCCGUCUGCUGGACCUGUCCGGGAACGAGCUUGACAGCCUGAGCUGUCUGAUGGACAGUCCUUCAGUCCAGAAGCAGCUGGAGCAUCUGCUGCGCCUGGACCUGAGUCAGAACAUCCUGAGCACGUUUCCCAGCUCACUGUGUGAGUGUCUCAGGAGACUGACUCGUUUGGAUCUCCAAGGCAACCAACUCCAGUCACUGCCAGCCGAGAUCCUUGGCUUGCCCGCUCUGAGCACCCUCAACGUGUCACGGAACUGUGUGGGCCCACUGUUGACCUUUGACCCUGCGGUCUGCUGUCUGACUUUGCGGCAGCUCAAUCUCUCCUUCAACCACAUCACCACCUUCCAAUGCCAGCUAGGUCAUGUCAUGGAAAGACUGGAGGAGUUCUCUCUGGAAGGGAACAAGAUCAGCCUCCUAUCAGACCCCCUCUGUUUAACUGAACUGAAAGUUCUUGAUGUGAGUAAGAACAACAUUGAGCACAUCUCCAAUGACUGCCUGUCAGGGUGCCCCAAACUCGAGACUCUCAACGCCUCAGGGAACAAACUGAGUUCUUUGUCACUACUUCCCACAAAAAUAACUACCCUGAAGUUGUCAAAUAAUUGCUUCACAAUUGUACCUGAUGUAAUUGUGAACUUGCCUAAUUUACAAUCUUUGGACAUGAAGAGCAACCAAAUCUCUGUUUUGCCUGGACCUUCUGCCUGGGCGUCCGUGAACCUCAGAGAGCUCAUGUUUAGUCACAAUCAUAUCAGUGCUCUUGACCUGAGUGGACCUGCCUACAAAUGGGCUCGCCUGGAGAAGCUUCAUCUCAGCAACAACAAGCUUACUGAGAUCCCUCCACAGAUCGGCCUGCUGGAGGACCUAACGUCUCUAGAUGUAAGCGGGAACGACGGCCUGCGGUCCUUCCCAGAUGAGAUGGGAAAACUGGGAAGGCUGUGGGAUCUCCCUCUGGAUGGGCUGAAGCUCCAGCUGGACUUGAAACACAUCGGGAACAAGACCAAAGACAUCGUCAGAUUUCUCCAGCAGCGGCUGAAGAAGGCCGUGCCCUACUACCGUAUGAAGCUCAUCGUGGUGGGCAACGCCCAGAGUGGGAAGACGUCUCUCCUCCAGCAGCUGAUGAGGCUGAAGCGGGUGCAGUGGCGCCAGGGGCAGAGCCCAGCCGCUGCUGGCAUCGACGUCAGGGACUGGAGCAUCCGUGAGCGGGAGAAGAAGAACAUGGUGCUCAACGUAUGGGACUUCUCAGGUGGAGAGGAGUACAGCGAGUCUCAUCCACACUUCAUGGGUCCCCGUGCCCUCUAUCUGGUGGUGUAUGAUGUCAGCAAGGGGCCCAGUGAAGUGGAUGCCAUAAAGCCCUGGCUCUUCAACAUCAAAGCCGUGGCCCCUCUGUCCCCUGUGAUCCUGGUGGGGACACACGGAGAUGAGUGUGAAGAGCGUCAGAAGGAGGCGUGCAUCCAGAAGGUGCGGGACGAGCUGCUCGGCCAGCCGGGAUUCCCGGUCAUCCGGGAUUAUCACAUGCUUUCCGUCUUGGAUGACACGGACUCGGUCAACAGGCUCCGGAAAGCCAUCGUCAGGGAGGUGGUUGGCUUUAAGAUCCAGGGCCAGCCUGUCAUGGGUCAGCUGGUGCCUGAGUCGUAUGUGGAGCUGGAGCGGAGGCUCCUGCGUGAGAGGGAGCGUGUGUCCCCCGAGUUCCCCGUGCUCACGCACCGCCACCUGCUCCAGAUCAUCCAGGAGAGCCAGCUUCAGUUGGAGGAGGGCGAGCUGCCACACGCCAUCAGCUUCCUCACGGAGACGGGGGUGCUCCUGCACUUUGACGACCCUGCCUUGCAGCUCAGCGAGCUCUACUUCAUAGACCCUCAAUGGCUUUGCAAUAUUAUCUCACAGACGCUGGGCCUGAAGAUAUCUGGCGGCGGGGAGCAUCUGAGAGGAGUGGUGCAGCGCUCUUUCCUGGAGGUCUUUCUCACGGAGAUGCGCUGCUUCCCCAAGGGCCUCCUCACUCAGUGCCUCAAACUGCUGGAGAAGUUUCAGAUCGCUCUCCCCCUUGGCCAAGACCAGUUCCUGGUUCCUAACAGUCUCUAUGAGCAGAAACCAGUGUUUGACUUGCCUCACUGUGAGAACUCUGAGGUCAUCAUCCGUCUCUACGAGAUGCCCUACUUCCCCAUGGGCUACUGGUCCAGACAGAUCAACCGUCUCCUGGAGGUCUCUCCAUUCAUGCUGUGUGGAAGAGAGAAGGCUCUGAAGCCGAACCGACUGUACUGGAGGAGGGGCAUUUAUCUGAGCUGGUCCCCAGAGGCCUACUGCCAGGUAGAGGCUGAUACAAUGGAGAAUGGGCCAGCCAACGUCAUUAGGAUCACGGUGCCCUGCUCCCGCAAAGGUCGUGUUCUCCUGGGCCAGGUGGUGGACCACAUCGACUCCCUGUUGGAAGAGUGGUUCCCUGGGCUCCUCACCACAGACAUACACGGGAAUGGGGAGACCCUGCUGAAAAAGUGGGCCUUGUAUAGUUUUGAUGAUGGACAGGAGUGCAACAGGAUGCUGCUUGAGGAUGUGCUCAGCCACAUAGAUGAAGAUUGCCUGCUGGUGAAUCCAGAGGAUCCCCGCUGCACGGUGCCUAUCGCACAGAUCUCCCCUGACCUGAUUCUGAGUGACCAGCCUGCCAGCACCAUGCUCAACAGUGAGGAGCUGGAGAUGGACCUGUCCAAAGAGUACCUUCUGGGAGAUGGAGGUUUCGGCUCGGUUUAUAGAGCCAUUUACAAGAACGAAGAUGUCGCCGUCAAGAUCUUCAACAAGCACGCGUCAGAGCUCUACAUCCACAGGCUGGUCCGACAGGAGCUGGCAGUGCUGGGCCGUCUGCACCACCCCAGUCUAGUGGCGCUGCUGGCGGCUGGCAUCCUCCCCCGCCACGUGCUGGUCAUGGAGCUGGCCCCGCUGGGCUCGCUGGACUCGCUGUUUGAGCAUGAGAAUGGCAGCCUGAACCGCAAGCUCCAGCACAGGAUCGCCCUGCAAGUGGCUGAUGGCCUGAGAUAUCUGCACUCAUCCAUGGUUAUCUACCGCGACCUGAAGCCCCAUAAUGUGCUUCUGUUCAACCUGAAGACGGACUCUGAGAUCAUUGCAAAGAUCACAGACUAUGGCAUUUCCCAGUACUGCUGCAGCAUGGGCGUCCGAAGCUCAGAGGGAACACCAGGUUUCCGCGCGCCUGAAGUAGCCCGUGGUGGAGUGAUCUAUAACCUGCAGGCAGACGUCUUCUCCUUCGGCCUGCUGCUGUACGACCUGCUGACCUGCGGGGAACGCAUCGCCGACGGCAUGAAGUUCCCCAGCGAGUUUGACGAGAGGGCCGUACAGGGCAAGCUACCAGACCCGGUGAAGCACUAUGGCUGCUCCCCAUGGCCAGGCUUUCAGACUCUGAUGAGAGACUGCUUGAAGGGGAGCCCACAGGACAGACCCACUUCAGCGCAGGUGUUUGAGCGGCUGAACUCGGGCGAGAUGCUGUGCCUGAUGACGGAGGUGACCGUGUACGGAAUGCCCUCCGAGUGCUUCGCCGUCUCUUGCGGGGACCAGGGCCCUCGGGUGUGGCUGGGCGGGGGGAGCUGCACCCACAGGCGCGGGUGCAUCACCUCAGUGGACCUCACGUCUGAGAAGACCUGCUCUCAGGACGUCGACAGCAGCCCUGUGUUGUGUGUGGUGACCGUGCAAGUCCCUGGGGAGGCCUGCGAUUGGCUGGUGGCAGGAACACAGGCUGGCUCACUUAUCGUCAUGGACACUAAAAACCCCUCAGGUUUUCAUCAUCUCCAGAAGGUGUCAGACGCGGUGACGUCAUUGUUUUUUCACACACACUCGCCACGCAGCUGCUUGAAGAAUUACCUGUUGAUUGGGACAGCAGACGGAACACUGGUCAUUUAUGAAGAUUCAGCAUUGAAGCACAAGAAUGGGGCACCUGUGAAGACGCUUCAGGUGGGGAACGUGAACACCCCUCUGGUGUGUCUGAGUCAGUCUAGUCACCCCCAGGACAGGAGCACCGUCUGGGCCGGGUGUGGCACCAGGAUCCUCUCCCUCACUGCAGACUACGAUGUCUGGAAAACAAUAGACACUAAACACAGGCAACUGUCUCAGAAGCAGCAUUGUGCAGUGCGCAGCGACACCAAUGUCUCGCGGCUGGCGGUGGACAAGCAUGUGUUCCUGAGUAAAGUGGGUGGCCAGGUGGUGGAGAUCUGGGACAAGAAGAGUGACAAGAUCCUUGACCUCAUCGACUGUGCUCAGUUACUGCGACCCAACGCCUGCUCGAAGCCCAGAAGAGCCAGCACAGAGGUGUUUGGAGAGAUGGAGCCAUCUUGGGUUACUGUAAAAGCUCUGUUGGUGCAGCACGGCACAACACUGUGGAUUGGAACGAGAGCUGGCCAUAUCCUGCUGGUGGAACUUUCCAGUAGGCAACUACUGCAAGCAGUCAGUCUACACUGCCACUCAGUCAGGGGCAUGGCAUCUGUCCUGAUUGAAACACUCAACAGGAAGCACGUCAUCAUGGUACUAGGAAAACGUCUACGACUGGCCCAAGAUCAAGUCAGGAAUCAGUGUGAUGAGGACUCCAUUUUGAUGACGUGGAACAGCACACUCCCCCUUGAAGUGAAAGACUUGAGUAGACACCGUGAGCUGAGGGAAGAGAUCACAACCAAGAUGAGAGAACAUCUCUUUGACUGAACCGGCUGUGCACUAUAUUCACCCUUCCCCCCAACGUCAACAGCCUAACAAUAUUAGAAUAUAAUCACGUAUGGUUGUUGACUCUGUUGCCAUUUAUUUCACCAAAGUAGUGUUGGAGGCGGGGGGGGGGGGGGGAUUUGAAUGAAUAAUCUGAAUAGAAUCAAGGGAAGCCACUUGGUAUCUUCUUUUUUUUUGCACGUCUUCCUUCCAUAUUUGAUCUUCCUGGAGGGGGACAGAUUCUGAUUCUGGAGUGUGUUACUUCAGUUAUGUUCACUUGUGUGCAAAUCAGUUAUGUUUUUUGUUUUAGUCUGGGUUGUGUGAAUGUAUCACUUGGAUGAGUUUUUAUCACGUAGGCUAUGACUAUUCAAAAGGGAUGACCGAUUAUUUAUGAUAACUUCUCCUAGCACUUAAAUCAAACUGGAAACCCCUUUUGAUACCUCUUUUGAUAUUGACGAUUUUAUAUAAUUUAUUGAAAUGUCUGGUCCAACAUGCCACGGAUUAUGCACAUUGUAUUGUGAGAGGCAUGUCAAUGUAGUAGGCCCUGAUAGGCUACGUUUGUAUUAAAAUUGCAGUGUUGUGCUUA